CAGAAGUCCCGCCCCCUUUCCGCCGGUUCAGUCGUGAAGCAGAUUGACUGUUGCGGGCUCGAUGUGGCGCAUGAGCGUGCGUGACGGGACGUAACGGCGAUCUAUCGGUGGAACGACACUGAAUUCAAACCCCGCACACUCGGUUGCGUAUGACCAGCGGGCCUCGGUAGGUCGGAUACCGGAGGAGAGCGGGAUCGACGUCGGGGGAGUUUUACGGCAGCACGGACCGGGAGCGUGGCAGCAGCAGCAGCAGGGACGCUCGAGCCUGAAAGGAGAAAAAAACCGUCACCGCGCGCAGAAAUGGCGGAGCACCACGCAGCCAGCGACGGGAAACACAAAGCGUCCGCCAACGCCGGGGGCUCGCUGCACGGGAACAGCCGAGCCGUGGCCGCGGGUGGAGCACCGGGCAAGGGAGGCCUGUCCAUUGGACUGGCACAGCCGGCAGGGUGGCAGUCCCUGCUCUCGUUCAGCAUCCUCUUCCUGGCCUGCCUGGCGGGAUUCAGCUCCAGACUUUUCGCCGUGAUCCGGUUCGAGAGCAUCAUCCACGAGUUUGACCCAUGGUUCAACUAUAGAUCAACACACCAUCUCACCACAAAUGGCUUCUAUGAGUUCCUCAACUGGUUUGAUGAAAGGGCCUGGUACCCCUUGGGCAGGAUCGUUGGCGGCACAGUAUACCCAGGGUUAAUGGUGACUGCAGGCCUCAUCCACUAUGUGCUCAACUUGCUCCACAUCACUGUCCACAUCCGUGAUGUGUGCGUCUUUCUGGCACCAGUGUUCAGCGGUCUGACCGCCAUCUCCACCUUCCUGCUGACACGGGAGCUGUGGAACCAGGGUGCAGGGCUGCUGGCGGCCUGCUUCAUUGCCAUCGUCCCUGGCUAUAUCUCCCGCUCGGUGGCAGGCUCUUUCGACAACGAGGGCAUCGCCAUUUUCGCCCUGCAGUUCACCUACUACCUCUGGGUGAAGUCGGUGAAAACAGGCUCGGUGUUCUGGACUAUCGGCUGCUGUCUCUGCUAUUUCUACAUGGUGUCGGCAUGGGGAGGCUACGUGUUUAUUAUCAACCUGAUUCCUCUGCACGUGUUUGUGCUGCUGCUGAUGCAACGCUACAGCAAAAGAGUCUACAUCGCGUACAGCACUUUCUACAUCGUGGGUCUCGUACUGUCGAUGCAGAUCCCUUUCGUCGGCUUCCAACCAAUCAGGACAAGCGAGCACAUGGCUGCUGCCGGUGUGUUCGCACUUCUGCAAGCCUAUGCCUUCCUGCAGUACCUGAAGGACAGGCUUACCAAACAGGAGUUCCAGACGCUGUUCUUCCUCGGAGUCUCUCUGGCUGCCGGUGUGGUCUUCCUCACUGUGAUCUAUCUCACGUACACAGGAUACAUUGCUCCUUGGAGCGGUCGUUUCUACUCUCUCUGGGACACGGGCUAUGCCAAGAUCCACAUCCCCAUCAUAGCGUCUGUGUCGGAGCACCAGCCGACGACGUGGGUCUCCUUCUUCUUUGACCUUCACAUCCUGGUGUGCACCUUCCCAGCAGGCCUCUGGUUCUGCAUCAAGAACAUCAAUGAUGAACGGGUGUUUGUGGCCCUGUACGCCAUCAGCGCCGUGUAUUUUGCCGGUGUGAUGGUGCGUCUAAUGCUGACGCUGACCCCGGUGGUGUGCAUGCUGUCGGCGGUGGCGUUCUCCAGCGUCUUCGAGCAUUACAUGGGAGACGACACAAAGAGGGAGAAGCCCCCCGCCGAAGACAGCAGCGACGAAGACGACAAGAGGAAUUCUGGGAAUCUCUAUGACAAGGCCGGAAAGGUGCGCAAACAUGUGUCAGAGCAGGAGAAAGCUGAGGAGGGUUUGGGUCCAAACAUCAAGUCCAUCGUGACCAUGUUGAUGCUGAUGCUGCUGAUGAUGUUCGCCGUCCACUGCACCUGGGUCACCAGCAACGCCUACUCCAGCCCCAGCGUGGUGCUCGCCUCCUAUAACCACGACGGGACGCGCAACAUCCUGGACGACUUCAGGGAGGCUUACUACUGGUUGAGGCAGAACACGGACGAGCACGCGCGGGUCAUGUCGUGGUGGGACUACGGUUACCAGAUCGCCGGCAUGGCCAACCGGACCACGCUCGUAGAUAAUAACACUUGGAACAACAGUCAUAUAGCCCUGGUGGGGAAAGCCAUGUCAUCCAAUGAGACCGCGGCCUAUAAAAUCAUGAGGUCGCUCGAUGUGGACUACGUGCUGAUCAUCUUCGGAGGAGUGAUCGGAUACUCGGGCGACGACAUAAACAAGUUCCUGUGGAUGGUGAGGAUAGCGGAGGGCGAGCACCCAAAGGACAUCAGGGAGAGCGACUACUUCACCCCACAGGGCGAGUUCAGGGUGGACAAGGCCGGUUCACCAACCCUACUCAACUGCCUCAUGUACAAGAUGUCCUAUUAUCGGUUCGGUGAGAUGCAGCUGGACUUCCGGACGCCACCCGGCUUCGACCGGACGCGUAACGCUGAGAUCGGCAACAAGGACAUCAAGUUCAAGCACCUGGAGGAGGCGUUCACCUCGGAGCACUGGCUGGUCAGAAUCUACAAGGUGAAGAACCUGGACAACCGAGAGCCGCUGGACCACAAGCUCCGCAGCGUCGUGCCCAAACAGAAGUACACGUCCAAAAAGACGGCCAAGAGGAAGCGAGGACACAUCAAGAACAAGCUCGCCCUGAGGAAAGGCAAGAAGCUACAGAAAAAAUAAUGACGACGAUGACGAACUCUUCUAGGAAAACAAACAAACAAACAAAUGCGAAGAAACCUCUAACAACCAAUGAAGAAGAACACGGGGGGCCGUUUCUGUGGCACUUGGUCUCAAGAGCUUCUCAUUAGGGCGUCCCUGUGUGUUGAGGAAGUUGAAGUGUAAACGUCUGGCUAGCACCAGAACUAUUGUCCGUUUUUUCCCGAGGACUGCUGUCUUGCUUUUUUUUUGUUUUUGUUUUUUUUUCUCCUCCCUCCCUGUUUUUGUUUUUUCUGCUGUUGAUUUUUUCUUUUGUACUUGAAUGUUUGGUAAGGUAUUGGGCUGCUCUACUUGUUUUUUUUGGCGUCUGUUAAUUUUUUUUCGUGGUACGUUAAUCGAUUGCUUAUCAGUUGGGGGUUCGGGGGUGAAGGGGAAACGAAAGAAGACUUAGGAACAUUUGCACCAAAGACCCAUCGACCUUGCUCCGAGGCACAUGUGAACUUCUUGCUGAGAAUGUGGAAGUGCGGGAGUGAAAGCUGAGGACUUUGUUCCUGACACGUGUACAGAGGACAGUAUGCGGUAUGGAGGAACGUUACCGUCUAGGCACAGCUCAUCUGUAAUAUUAACCUUUUUAUCAUCAUCAUCUUCUUCUUCAUCUUCAUCAUCUCCUUUCUGUCUGCUUGGCUCCCUGACCUUUAUUUUUCAACUAAUUCUUAAGACAAAAAAAUUGGCCGAAUGUGUAAAUAUGUGAUGUAAAGAAAAUGUCUAAAAGGAUGAUAAUAUAUUGGAUUAUUGUGGUGAUUUUUAAAUAUGCAGUUUUUCUCUUAAUUUCAUUCUGUGAUUCUUUUCGGAGUUUAUUUUUUUUUUUUGUAUGACAGCAAAUAGAACAGUGAAUGCAAUAAUUCUUGUACAGAGGGGCUCGAGAUUUUGUUGAAAAGAAUGAAUGUGAAUUUUUACAACGUUCCUCCCCCUGUUUUUCAUGAAUUGCGUAGAUUGUAUAUUUCUGCUGCUAGGGUUUUAAAGACGGACGCGCGCAACUGUGUGUAAAAAGUAGUGCUAAUAAAUUAGGCGGAGGGAGCUCUGCAGUUCAGCGAGCGAAGCCUAGUGCCUCAUCCCUGGUCAUCGUCAACCUCGUUAAUUUGUAACCGUCGCCCUCGUUAACGUUUCGUUCGACUGCUUCAGCCGCGAGCCGGUGAAGAGGUGGAGUUCGUUCACAGACACUGACGGCAGAAAAAAGAACAGAGGCAAGAACUUCCAUCACUGUCUGAAACUUUAGGAUAGAGCUGUGUCCCAAUUCCACACUACAGGCGAAUCCUUCAAGUCCAGCUGCUGUUCUCAAAACAUGUCACUAAUCAUUAGAACCAACUGUUAAUCAAUGACUUCUUUUGUCUGUAAAGUAAAAAAAAAAAUAAGCCUGGUGUGAUGCAUUGAAACAUCUCGUCUUGCCUGCUAAACGGUUUAAAAAGAAACUACGAUAAUUGAUCCUGAUAUUAAACAGGAAAGCAGCAAGUUCUCACAUGUAUGAAGCGGAAACAAGUAUUUGUUGUUGAUGCUUUAAUGAUUAAAAUGAUUUAUAAGUAAAUAACUUUCUAGAUGUAGUUUUAAGUUCUCUGCAGAAUUAACAGCAGUUCUCAAAUACGUCUCUAACAAGGCGUUUUGAUUAUUGUUAAUCAUCUGCCAAUUUGUUUCUUGAUGAUUCGAUUAACUUUGUUGUGUUUAAAAUGUUGAAAAAUAACAAAAAAAAAUAGGAAAACGAAUAAUACAAAACCCAAAAAUAUAAAAUCUUCACAUAUGAAAAGUUGGAAAUACAGAAAUCUACAUUUGGCUUUUUUUGCCGAAAUCGUGACUCCAAUGAUUGACAGUAAAAACAAUACUGGGAUUUUGCAGCGACUGAGAUUUCCUGACUUAACUUCUCUUAUGUUUUUCAAAUUGAUAUCUUUGUGUCAUGUGUAAAAUGGUGGAAUGGCCCUUUACCUGUCUUUAUCAUGGUUUCAGCUCUAGAACAGAUACGAGAUUCAAAAUGUUUUUGGUUUUUUAAAACCCUUAAAUCUGCUCUAUGAUAAUACUUCAGAAAUAAUUCUUUACUUGGUCCAUUCUUUGUAAUAUUAGUAAACAGUAGAGCUGCAACUCACUUAUUUCAUUUUCAAAAAUCCAGGUUUGACAAUAUUGUGAAUGUUUUUCUGUUUCUGUCCAAAAACUCAAACAAAUGUAGGUUAAUAUCUUAGAAUUUGCUUUAAAAAUGAUGAUUUAAUAAAUAAUUGUUUUACUUCUGUUAAUCGAUAAGUCAUUGGAUCUGUGGAUGAACAGACUGGGGUUGGGACAUGGCUCCGAUCAGCAGUGACCUGUGACCUCUGAUCGGGCGCUGCACUGUUCUUUAUGUUGGUUAAACACGAGAGGAGUUUCUGUACGUGCACGCUUCAGCUACCUUUUUAUUUUAUUUUCUUUAUCAAGUGACACAUCAAACGACUAACACAUCAAACAGUGACUUUAUUACUUUCACCUGUUCCUUGUUUUUUUGUUUUUUUUCUUCUACUUAAAAACAAAAAACAAAAAAAAACUUGUCUCCAUCACUUUGUUCUCUUUGCUUUUGAUCUUCUCGGAAACUGAACGCCACCGUUUCAGGCGUCAGACCUUCAGCUCGGUGCCGCGUCGUUUCCUCCUGUUCGCACAAAGCCUGGAACUGUGUCACGUUUUUCGGCUUUUAGGCUCUUUUUGAUUUCUCAUUUGUGGAGAGGAGAAGAAGUUGAGACUAAGCCUUAAUGUGAUGUACAGUUUGUCGCCCUCUUACCUUCUGAUUUGUUUUUUGUUGUUUUUCUUUUUAGAACAAGUAACGGUGGAACAGUUCUUUCCUCUACUAAGUUUGCUCAUUUCUUAGUAGCUCAGUGCCGUCUGUCCCAGACACCGUUCUUUUGUUUGAUGCAGUCCCCCCCCCCCCUGCUUCUCUGCUCACCUUCAAAGUUUACAUUUUUACAUUGUUGUUCUGUUCAGUCAUCGUUAAAUAUACACUUCAAUGAAAAA